AUGGCUGAUCUACUCAGCAUUCGUGUCACUCAGGCACUUCCAUUUGUAAACACUGGAUGUGACUAUGCUGGUCCAAUGCUUCUUAAGGAUGGAAAGGGGCGCAAACCGCGCAUUGGUAAGGGCUACAUAUGCCUAUUUGUUUGUCUGGUCACAUCGGCAAUCCAUCUGGAAAUUGUAACGGACUUGAGCACCGACUCAUUCUUGGCCGCGCUAAGACGUUUCGUCUCUUUGCGUGGCAAGUGCAACAAAAUCUAUAGCGACAACGGAACGAAUUUCAUUGGAGCUAAACGCUCUCUUGAUGAAAUGCAGAAGCUGCUGGCAUCUCAGCCACACAUCGAAAAGGUUAGGAAUGCUCUGGCGAAUGAUGGCAUUCAAUGGGUAUUCAUUCCACCACAUGCUCCUCAUUGGGGAGGAAAAUGGGAAUCUGCAGUCAGAUGCGUAAAGCUGCAUAUUCGCCGAGUCAUUGGGAAAUCUACUCUCACCUACGAGCAGAUGCGAACUCUACUUGCACAAGUCAGUGCGGUGGUCAACUCACGACCCUUGUGCUACAACUCGGACACAGAUAUCAAUUAUUUGUCGCCAGCACAUUUCUUGAUCGGCAGGCCUCUCACAACUAUACCAGAGGCAGACUUAGGCCACAUCCCCGUGGGCCGACUUGGGUACUGGCAAAGUAUCCAAUCUAUGAUGCAAGGUUUCUGGAAGCAAUGGCAUCAGGAGUAUCUUACCACAUUGCAACAGCGUCCAAAGUGGACCACUACAACACCAAAUAUAGCAGUGGGAGAUGUGGUGCUUGUAAAGGAAUCGAACACCCCACCAGCUCACUGGCAUCUGGCGCUGGUUCUCGAAGCCUACCCAGGCAAGGAUCAAUUGGUUCGAGCGGUUAGACUCAAGACCUCUUCGGGAGAAUUAACUCGGCCAAUCACCAAGGUUGCGGUAUUGCCCCGUUCAGAAACUGUGUUUCAGGGCGGGCCGGGAUGUUCAGGAACGGAUUGCGUUUAUCGAUAA